AUGGAUGGCGUCAGAUUAAUACUCAUUCGUGAUAAUCAAAUUUGCUUGCUUGCUCUCUCUCUCUCCCUCUCUCUAUACCUCUCCCUCUCUCUCUCCCCUUCUCUCUCACUCUCUCUCUCCAUCUAUCUUUCUCCCCCUAUCCCUCUCUCCCUCCCUCUCUCUCUCCCCCUCUCCCUCCCUCCCCCUCUACCCCCUCUCUCUUUUAGUAAUAUUUUCUAUAUUUUCUAUUUAUCUAUCUCUUUAAUUCUGUUUAUAUCUAUCUAUCUAUCUAUCUAUCUAUCUAUCUAUCUAUCUCAGCCUCUUGACUUCUAUCUAUGUAUGCUGUCUCAACAUCUAUCUAUCUAUCUAUCUAUCUAUCUAUCUAUCUAUCUAUCUUAUUUCCGUCUCUUCAUAUCUAUCUGUAUCUGUCAGUUUCUCUCUCUCUCUUUCUCUGUGUGUCUGUUUGUCUGUCUGUCUAUCUCUCUAUAUAUCUAUUUUCAUAUCCACAUAUACGUUUAUGCUUCUGUUCCUAUAUCGAUAGAUAAAGAGAUUGAAUGUGGAACUGAUUAA